GCAUCCAGGACAGAGACUCUCAAAGAGGGAGACUUUUCUUUUCCUCCAAGAAGGGGAAUGACAGGCUGGAGGUGACCAGAGAACCUCUCUCCGGAUUGCACCAGACAGCGGUCGGUCCUCAUGGCAUCGUCCCUUCCGCCCGCGGCCAUCAUGAACCCUUGCAACCAAACCUCAGGAAACAGCACCCUCCUGAGUUCCCCAACCUCCAGCGUCGCAGGGAUCGUCUUCCUCCUCUUGGCCGCCCUGAUCGGCCUCCCAGGGAACUUCUUUGUCAUCUGGAGUAUCCUGUGGAAGAUGAAACCGAGCCACCGCUCGGUCACCUGCAUCCUGGUGCUCAAUUUGGCCGUGGCCGACGGGGUGGUGCUACUCCUGACGCCUUUCUUCAUCCUCUUCCUCACCUUCAAGAACUGGCUAUUCGGGGCGGCCAUUUGCAAAGGCGUGUACUACAUUUGCUGCGUCAACAUGUUCGCCAGCAUCUUCAUCAUCACGCUCAUGAGCGUGGACCGGUGCCUCGCGGUCAACAAGCCCUACUUCUCCCAAGCCAUCCGCAAGAAGCACUUGGUCGUCAAGAUCCUGACAGGGAUUUGGCUGGCCGCCAGCAUGCUCUCCGCCCCAGCCUUCCUCUUCCGCCAAGUGUUGAAGGAUCCCUUCCUGGGUCAUCAUAUCUGUGAACCCUGCCACACCAGGCCGGGCCUGGCCAUCUUCCAUUUCACCCUAGAAACGGUGGUGGCCUUCGUGAUCCCAUUCACCAUCAUCCUCGGGUGCUACUCCGCCAUCUUGAUACGCCUCAGGGGGGUGAGGAGAAGGCAAGGGGCUCGGACCGAGAAGCUCAUUGUUGCCAUAGUGAUCUGCUUCGUUGUCCUGUGGCUGCCCUAUCACGUGGUGAACAUGAUCCAGGUGGCAUCAAACAUGGCGUCAGGGAAGACCGCUGAUCAGCUAAGCCAGGCUUGGAAGAGCGGGAGAGCGGGAGCCACGGCCUUGGCUUUCUUAAGUAGUAGCAUCAACCCUGUCCUUUACGUCUUUGCUGCCGGGAACCUCAUAAAGACCUCGGGGGCCAACUUCAUUGCCCAGUUCUUUGAGGGAGCAUCUGAGGGGCUGGCUAAGAGAACUCCAUCGUUGAAAAACUUGGCCAAAGACUCAGUGGUGGUCGUGCCAGGGGCCGCUGUGAUCCUUGAAGAACAGCCGCUAGGAGGUUGCGAUGGGCUUGACUAAGACCCAGAGGGCAGGCAAUGGGUCAACCCUUCUGUGCCAGAUUUAAGCCCCUCUUUAACCAACUCACUGUAAUUUUCGACGCAGGAUUCCGUCUGUGAGGACUGUUUCCUCAUCCUCGCAUGAAACACUUGGCCUCUGGAGAGGCGCCGUGACCAUGUCUACACUACAAAGCUGAACGACUUUCUUUUUCAAAACAUUCAAAGCUUUACGAGAAAAUAUUUAUAAUGAUGUCACUGGCUUUCUGAAACUGGGGUGGGGGACAAAAUUCAAGCCCUCGCUUAAGCCACGAUGUUCACGGGGGGAUUCUGAACGAGUUGCAUGUGACCUACUCCGCAGGGUUGUUGUGAGAAUGAAAAGAGCAGAGAAGGACUGUGUGUGCUGUCCUGAGCUCAUUGGAGGAAGGAUGGGAUUUUUUAAAAAUGUGAUGGAUAAUAAGGGUAUGAAAAGGAGCAGUAUGAAUAUAAGCAUAAACAAAGGAAGAAAAUAUGUCAUUCUGUAACAAGGGAAACACUAGAUAUUCCGUAAGUUAGAGUUUCAAUAGUAUCCAUGUCAUCCUCUCUGUUCCCGUGUAUGCAUGUGUAACCUCUAACUGUGGGUUCUGUGGGGCAGAACUUGGAAUGAGUUUGCAACAACAAAUUUUAAAAACAAAAUGCUUUACUUUCUUAACAUAUAACAUCAAACAUCA